AGACACCAGUUGCCAGUCGCCAAUAAACAAAACAAAGAAGAGGAGGAAGAGAGGUUCGGCUAGAAGUCAACAUGGCGUUCAGUUUUGGCGGACCCACGAGUAACCCAGCGGCAAACGCGUCCGGGUUUUCAUUCGGUUCAGUUGGUCCCAAAACCACAUCAUCAACCGCAUUUGGCUUUGGCACCGCAGCCACCUCCACCACCGCUGCCGCCCCCGCCUCAUCCGGAUUCGGCACUCUCACAGCCCCUGGUUUUGGGGCCACCACCACCACUGCUGCUGCUGCACCAGCCACAGGAUUUAGCUUUGGCUCCACCAACACUGGUACCUUUAGUGGCUUUGGAACGGCCGCAACAACUGCUAACGCAACUGGGUCUACUUUUAGCUUUGCUGCUCCUGCUAGUACCACAGGAGGCCUUUUUGGUAACCCACAGAACAAAGGGUUUGGGUUCUCUUCUGGGCUCGGUGCUGGGACUGCUGCUGGGACAACAGGAUUUGGAACUGCAUUAGGAACAACUAGCCUUGGUGGGUUUGGAGGCUUUAAUGUCCAACCCACUCAACAGCAGCCAGGAGGCUUGUUCGGCCAGCAGGCCCAGCAGCCAGGUCAGCCUCAGCCCACCCAGCUUUACCAACAAGUCACCGCUCUGUCAGCUCCCACCUUGCUGGGGGACGAGCGUGACUCCAUCCUAGCAAAAUGGAACCAACUGCAGGCUUACUGGGGCACAGGCAAGGGCUUCUUCAGCAACAACAAUGCACCUGUCGACUUCACCCUGGAGAAUCCGUUCUGCAGGUUCAAGGCGGUGGGCUACAGCUGUGUCCCGAUGAGUAAGGAUGAGGAUGGUUUAGUAGUCCUGGUUCUCAAUAAAAAGGAAGCUGAUGUGCGAGCUAUACAGCAGCAGCUGGUUGAAUCCAUCCACAAGAUCCUGGGAAGCAACCAGUCACUCACUGUCAAUGUAGAUGGGGUCAAAUCCCUUCCCAGUGACCAGACGGAAGUGACCAUUUACCUGGUGGAGCGUUCCCCCAAUGGCACCUCCAAGAGGAUACCAUCCACUACCCUCUUCAGUUAUCUGGAGCAGGUCAACAUCAAAGUCCAGCUCACACAGAUCGGGGUGGCCAUGUCUCUCACACGCACAGAGCUGUCCCCAACACAGCUCAAACAGCUGCUUCAAAAUGCGCCUGCAGGAGUGGACCCCAUUAUUUGGGAGCAGGCCAAGGUGGACAACCCUGACCCUGAGAAAUUAAUCCCAGUACCUAUGGUGGGCUUUAAGGAGCUGCUUCGCAGGCUGCAGAUCCAGGAGCAGAUGACCAAACAGCAUCAGACCAGAGUCGAUAUCAUCUCAAGUGACAUCAGUGAGCUGCAGAAGAACCAGGCGACCACAGUGGCCAAGAUUGCCCAGUACAAGAGGAAGCUGAUGGAUCUCUCCCACAGGGUGCUGCAGGUUCUAAUCAAACAGGAGAUUCAGAGGAAAAGUGGUUAUGCUAUCCAAGUGGAUGAGGAGCAUCUCAGGGUGCAGCUGGACACCAUACAGUCAGAGCUCAACGCCCCCACGCAGUUCAAGGGUCGGUUGAAUGAAUUGAUGUCCCAAAUUCGCAUGCAGAAUCACUUUGGAGCUGUGAGAUCAGAAGAGCGCUAUAGUGUCGAUGCAGACCUUCUAAGAGAAAUUAAGCAGCACUUGAAACAGCAGCAGGAUGGUUUAAGUCAUUUGAUCAGCGUCAUCAAAGACGACUUGGAGGACAUCAAACUCAUAGAGCACGGCCUGAGCGACAGUGGACACAUGAGAGGAGGCAUGCUGAGCUGAGUCUGCCCUACUUACACACAUACAAUACAAUAAAUGCUUUGACUCACAUAUCAGUCCUUUUAAAGGUGGCAUGUCAAUCACCCAGACUUGGCAACAUGUCCUAUUGGCCAUGAUAUUGAAAUAAUCAGACAACUACUUGUAUGAGAAGCUUCUUGGACUUUACAUCGUCUAAAAAUGAUAGCUGGAUUACCUUAUGUCAUAUCAGGUUAUGAAUAUUAGACCAUGAAUGUGACCAGCAAGUAUACAAGUUGUUGAUUUGAGUGUGAAUAAAGUGUAAAUACAUGUUUGUA